GGCCCUCCUUCUCCUCUCUCAACAGACCUGAAUCCAUCACAUCUAUCAUCUUCCUAGCCCGUGCCACCUGUCUCCGCGUUCCGCGUUCCAUCAUUGGCGACUAUCACGUCGAAAAAAAUCUGCAUCAUCCCCGACUUUUGUAUCAUCGCCCUACUUCGACCUCCACACCGCCGUUGCCCAUUUGUCCCGUCCCAACCCUAAAUCACUCGGCGUUCAGAUUGCCCGCUGCGUAGGUCGGCGUGCCUGGUGUUGCUCUUGCCCAUCGCUUUUUUUGAGUGUUUCUUUUUCCCAGUAUUUUUUGCAGAGAUCCCAUCAGGGCACGACAGACCACCAGGUACAGCACAGCACAGCACAGAAUUUGAGACACACCACACCUGCAAUAUUGCAAAAUUAAUACCGGAAAGUCACACACAUACUGCAAGCAGCUAUGGGCUGCAUUCGAGUCACACCAAGAGUCAGCCAAUUUUGAAUAUCGCCGCAUCAGUCGCCAGUUGCCAACCAUCGCGGCCCAAACAGUAUCUACUGCUAGGUCCGUCUUUACUCGCCGUAACGCGUUUGCUGCCGGACCACAACAAAGAGAGCUAGCUCGGUUUUGUCACUUGGGUACCCACCAGCUUGAACUGGCCGACCUGUCACAAAUUGCCGCUCAACAGAUACCCCGAAGAAGCACCGUUCCCAAAGCGACACUAUGUUGCCUAUACAGUCUAUCGAGGCGCCAACACCCUCCAAUACUGCCGAUGAAAAUGGAGAGGGUAGGCAGCAGAAGCCCAAGACUCUGCCCUGUAAAUAUUGCAGCAAGCGGUUUAGGCGUGUGGAGCACGUUCAGAGACACGAGAGAACACACACCAAAGAAAAGCCGUUCUCAUGUACUUGGGACCGAUGUGGGAAAACCUUUGGACGACGCGACCUCCUUGUACGCCAUGAGAAGCUUGUUCAUCUCAACGAGGGCAGCAAAGACAGCGGUCGCGCGAGAAAACAGUCCUCGGGAAAUCUGCAACCGAUGGCAGCGGACAUACGUGGCAACAAUGAGGCUCUAAACGUACAGCACCAAGGACAGCACUCCCAACAGCAACAACCAUCAAGGCCCCCACCACCGCAGUUCACCCCUGAGAGCAUGAAAUCUUCGGUAGUCUCUUCUUUGCAGACUGACCCACGACUGACAUCCAGGCCUGGUUGUAAUCUUGAUCUGUUAUCCGAUGCAGCUACACACCUUGCUUCAACCAGCGAAGUGAAUCAAAUCCAGCAACAGUCUAUGAUGACUGAUAUGGGGCCGCAAUCUGGUAAUAUUCCACGGGCAAAGCCUUAUGACGACGGUUUAUCAUACCAAGAGCGUCCCCGAGAGCAAGAUCAGAGCAUGAUGCAUCCUGGCUUCCCGACGCAUCAACAGCCUCCUGCUGCGUCUUUUGAUGACUACAACCUGUUUCUCGACGACAUGGGUACCUCAUCGCAUUUUCUGCCACCAGCACUAGAGUCAGAGCAGUCCUUCGGUCUUUGGAACAGGCAUGGUGGUGACUUGCACGUUCGAGGCUCACUGAAGCCGCCAGGGUCAUUCCCAUCAACGAGGUUCCCAUCGCUUCAACCGGAUGCCCAUGAAGGCUCCAGAAUCCACGAGGAUGGGUUGAAGGCGCCGUUUUGGAAGAUUUCCGGCGUUGAUUACAAUGUCAUCAAGAACCGACUGGACGAGUUUUCAUCGGUUAUCCCCAACGACUUUAUUUUUCCUUCACGGCAUACCCUGAUGCGAUUCCUCGAGGGCUACAAUGGCGGUUUCCACGAGCAUCUCCCCAUUCUUCACACUCCGACUUUGGCGCCGGCAGAGCUAUCCCCCGAGCUUUUACUUGCGAUUUUGGCGGUCGGUGCACAAUAUCGAUUUGAAAGCCACCGAGGUAAUGCCUUGUGGUAUGCUUCCAAAGCUGUCGCUAUGGAGCAAAUACGACGAAGACAUAGCCACGAGGUUCAUGGUUUGCUACCUACACCCGCUGCAUAUAGCCCACACUCCACGAGACCUUCGCCGAGCUCGGGUUACCGUCACUCGUUCAACUCGGUGCAUCACGAUAGACCCAUGACCCAGGAGACCCACCGGGAGCCUUACUCGCCAAACACACCGCAGUCUCGGCUUGAAACCAUCCAGGCGCUUAUACUCCUUUUUGCGGUGGGGCUAUGGGGCGCCAAGGCUAUUCUACACGAUGCCUUGUCACUGCAGAGCCAGAUCGCCCUUUUGGUUCGCGAGGAGAGGCUCGUCUCAGAGCCAGCACAGGUUGUCGACUGGGAGACUUGGAUCCGAAUCGAAGGCGCCGUACGCACCAAGCUAAUCGCAUAUUGCUUCUUCAAUCUUUGUAGCAUCGCUUACAACACACCGCCGUUACUCCUCACAUCGGAAGUCAACCUAACACUUCCAAACUCCUCUCGGCUCUGGCGGGCUGAUACUGCCUGGCAGUGGCAAGAGGCGAGGCAGUCAUACCCCAGUCUCGACGUCUCGUUGCAGGAUGGAUUCUCGAGACUGCUGAACCGGCCAUCGCAGGGCGCCUUAAGCCAUGUAUCUUCUCUAGGAAACUAUGUCCUGAUACAUGCUUUGAUCCAGCACAUCUACCUUUUAAAGCAAACUUCGUUUGCUAUAGCAUCACCAUUCGAGGUUCACCGUGGCUUAAAGGUAGAAGAUGUAGAGGAUGUGGCACAAGCACUACGAGUCUGGCAGAUGGGUUUUGAGCAGCAGAUGCAAUCGAGAAAUGCUGCCGACUCUGCAGCAGCUGGCGGAACGAGCCAUCCAUCGCAACAUCAGCAGCAAAUGGAUGGCGGCUUUGGUAGUGGGGGCCCGGUUGCAUUCAACUCGACAGCCUUGCUCAGGCUGGCAUACUUCCGGCUCUACUCGGACCUCAGUCCUUGCCGAACCUUGGAGACACGAGAUCAUCUGUUGGUAGCCAAUGAUCUAGCAGAGGCGCCUCUGCCAUCAAGGAAUCCAAGAUUACACCGAGCCAUAUACCAGGCCAUCCAUUCUCUUGCUGUUCUGGUCAAAGUCGGAGUCAACUAUGUGGCCAGGACCAAGUCUUUGGAAUGGAGCAUGCAACACUCUAUAUGCAACCUCGAAUGCGCCGUUCUUCUUUCGAAGUGGCUUCUGACAUUGGCCUCGAUUGGACCCAACGAACCGGCACCUUCGCAGGAAGAACGCACAAUCCUCGACACAGUGCGAACGAUGGUGAACGAGACUGAGUUCGCAGUACCGAUUGACCCUUCGCUGGCGUCCUCGGGGUCUUCACAACAAACACAUCCGUCAACUACAGACCCCACGAGGCUUCGCCAGCUUGCCGCCGCCGUCAUCAGGCUUUGGGCCGAGACCUUCAAGGGCAGCCACAUAUUUGAUAUCAUCAGGGUGAUGGCCCAAGGACUAGAAGGUUAUGCCGACCUGAUUGAGAAGCCGAGGGAUCGGACGCCACUUGGUAGAAUGGCACCGGGACAAUCUAUGGGUUGAGAUGUGUCGUCUCCCCAGACAACGAAAGCUCUUCUCUGUGGACUGUUCUUGACAUCAAUGUUGAGGUUUGUCACAGACAUUUUGCCAAAGUUAAUAGAGCUAGGGAUGAGGUAUAGCCUCUCUGGCUCACGAGCUCCUGACAGCUUGCCGGGUACAUGGGCGCAGGUUAUGCACCAACCCUUGGCCUCUCAGCAACAGCAGUCAGACCCCGAGCGUGGUAUGAAGCUGCCUAGCCUGGAUCUGCCCGAAUCGUGACAAAAUUGCAGGCUUGGGCCCGGGCGAGAAAUCGAGGACGAGAUUUAACAAAGAAUAUGUGGGGUUCUGUAUUUCAAGAGUUUAUUUGCUUAAGCGGGUUCGAAUUUUAUGGAUGGUGCGUUUUUUUUUCGUAAAGGUUGGGAUUGAAUUCUGUCAAGGGUGCGAAUGAUACCCGGAUUUCAACAUCCAAUGUAGUUUUGUUUGUGUUGUUUUCUAGGUUUGCAUUCGAUAGCCAGAGCUGAUUUGUUUUUAAGGUGCUAUACGCAUUUUCGUACCACCAACUCCUGAAUAUGGAACAGAGAUGAAAGGAUUUCUAAACACAAAUAAAAUUGGGUAAGAAAAAGAAAAGACUUCUAAUAAAGUGGUAUUAUACCUAGCCC